AUGGCAUCCCAAUACUCAACAGAACAAUUGAUAAAAUACCUAACUUAUCUCGACCUCCCACCCAAAUACCAUGUCUACAUCAACAACCCAGUAACCUUCCCUAAAACAGAAGAGGCCUUGACAACCCUCUACCGCUGCCAAAUCACCCGCUUCCCAUACGACAAUCUCACACUGCAUUACACCGCAACACCGAUCAUCGACAUCGCCCCUCAAAGCAUCUAUGAAAAAUUCAUGGGGGGCGAAAAGCCCCCAGGACGAGGUGGAUACUGUCUCGAAGUCAGUAUAUUCUUCCACCACAUCCUCCUCGGUCUCGGGUUCUCAGUCUACAUGACCGGAGUCCGGAAUCGACAAAGAGUAAACGGUAUUCCAGGUGGUGAAUAUGGAGGGUGGACACACAUCGUAAACAUCCUCGAGCUAAACGGAAUACAAUACCACAUCGACGUCGCAUUCGGCGGCGACGGACCUACGAAACCUAUCCCGAUGAUUUCGGGCUCAACGAUCAGGAAUCUCGGAACACAAGAAGUCCGUUUGAUAUACGGGAAUAUGUCGAAACAAUCCCGCCCUUCACAGAAAUUGUGGAUCUAUCAGUAUCGAAACGGAGUGGAUAAGGAGUGGAACUCUUUCUACUCGUUUGGAGAAUUCGAGUUCUUCCAGGAGGAUUUUGCGGUUAUUAAUCGGUAUACCAGCUGGGAUACUAUUACCAAGAAUAAUCAUUGGAUUGUCAAGUUUCUCCGGGAAGGGGAGGUUGGGGGUUUACAAUUGCUUGAGGGGGAGCUUUGUGCAUGUGCUCAUGGUGAUGAUGAGGAUGAGGUAGGUAUUGUUGGCAAGAUUAUGUAUGUGAAUGGGGAUGUCAAGUUGAAUAUGGGUGGGAAGACGAGGGUGAUUGAUUCGUUUAAGACGGAGGAGGAGAAGCUGGCUGGAUUGAAGAAGUGGUUUGCGUUUGAGUUUUGA